UGAACAGCUGUUUGGAUAUAUGUGGAUAACAAGUUGCAGAAAAACCCAAAGACGCGUUGGGAGAACUUGUUGAUUAUUCCUUAGUUAAGAUCUAGUAAAAUUUAAAAAAAAUGUAUUAGAACACCUGAAAUACUCGUCCCCGAAAAGCAUUAUAUAAGAACGGCAAAUGUAUACACGUAAGACAGAGCUGCGUCAUCUGCAACCAAACGAUGUUUACAAACUUGGUCUUAUACUGGAUGACAACAAUUGCUGGAAGAAAUUGAUGGAAGUGAUCCCAAAAGAGCUGAACAAUGAAGUAAGCAGUGACGACGGUAUGCUUGACUGGGAUCAAGCCAUCUCAGCGGCUGGCUUGAAAUACAAUAACGACGACAUAUGGCUUAUAGAAAGCGCUACUAAGCGACCUGGUGAAUCUAGAUUAUUUUCACAGAUUUUGUUUGACGAGUGGAGCACCUCUGGUCGUAGAUUUGAAAGACCCACAAUUGGAGUACUGAUACAACUGCUCUUGAAAGCAGAGUUAUAUCGUGCUGCAGAUUUUGUAGCUUUAAAUUUUCUAAAUGAACCUCCACCUGCGCGACCAACGAACGGUCCAGCUGCUAAAAUCGAUAUUUCGCUCCCAGAUGAUUUAUUUAAUGAUAUUAAAGAUAUUGUCAAUGACAGUUCCUAUUAUCCUGGAACAGAAACAAUCAAUCACAAUGCUAAUUAUGCGAACAGUUCAACUCAUAAUAAUAAAGAUUUCUAUACCAAAUAUCAAAGAAUCGAAAAACAAGUACCCAUUGAUAACAACGAUGCACCCAAACCGCCACCAAGAGCAUUGCGUGCCGCGCGUCUACAAACAGAGCAAGCAAAUGAAGCGAGCACCGCUGAAGCUGGCAGAAUUUAUGAGAAUAAUGUUAAUGAAGCGGUGGAUAAUUCGUUUACUGCUAGUGGCGCAAUAAUUUCACAAAAUAUACCAAAAUUUUCUGCACUCAUGACAAACGAAAACGAAAGUAAACAAUCAGUAUCAGCGGAAACUAACGCACAAUCACAAAACACAGAAUCCACCAACCUCAGCGAAGCACCAAUUCCUAUGUUAAGCGUUCUUGUGGAAAACUCAACAAAGAGCAUCGAUAAUGCAACACAUACAAUUCACUCCAUGACUGACAAUGAGAUUUUGCCUAAUAUAAGUGUAUUAAAUUUGAAUGGCGAACGAGAUGAUAGUGAGCUGCUACCCAUUAGCGCUAUACUCAAUGGUAGCAUUUCACCCCAAUUCAGUGAGCACAGUCAUCGUAGCAGCUUAAGUAACGAUGAUAGUAUCGGUGAUGAUAUGGAACUACCUGCAAACCUCAACGGCGACGAUUCAGAUAACGAUGAUGAUGACAAUUCAAUACCCAACUUAAGUAUCUUAGAACAACGAAGUUCCAACAAUGAUUCCAGCCUAACAACGGUCACUGGCACCAGUGGCGAAAACAGUUUCGAAUUAAGCAUGAACGACUCUAGUUCCGCUUCGAACGAGAACAUUCCUUGCUUAAGCGCACUAAAGCCAUAAAAAUGCACUCAAUUAUGUACGUAAAUAACUAAUUUUUAUUGAAAACAUAAAAAAGGUAAGAAACGUAAAUGACAUUCCUUUUGCAUAUGAGAUUUAUGCAGAUUCGCUUAUUAUUAUUAUAAUUUUUUUUAUUAUUUGUUUUUAUUAUUUUACGAAUGUGGUAAACCAAAUUAUACAAAACUUUUACAAUUCGAUGUUACUCAUAAAUGUUUACAAAU